AAAGAAAAGAAAACUUGGGUCAACUUCUCCUCCUCUUGAAUCCCCUUUUCUCUUGUUCAUCAUCACGAGAAUCAAUUUGAUCAUCAUCAUCAUUCAAUUAAUACACACACACUCUCUCUAUAGCCUAUAAUAACACAUAAUACUAUAGAUAUAGAUAGAUACGAAUAUACCGUAUACGUAUCAUCAUCAUCUACUCAUAAUAAUUAUCUGAUUCAUUGAUCUACAGAUCUAAACCCCCACAUAUCUUCUUCUUCAGAUCUCCAUCCCCCUUUUCCGUUUAUCUUCGCACUAGAUUAUAUCAAUUCCCAACUGAAUUUUGAAAGGAGAGAUUUAGUGGGGAAUUUUUAGUAUUAUAAGUACUAGAAGUGUUGUUAAGUUCCAUUUUUUGGAUGGGGAAAAACUGGGGUUAAGUUUGGUGAAAUGAGGGAUGUUAUCAAGGUUGAUAAAUUUUCUAAAAGCCUGCUGGCGACCAGCGAUUGGAUUAGAUGCAACCAGAAGGCAGGAGGGUCUUCUUUGGUUUAAAGAUAUCGGUCACCAUGUGAAUGGUGACUACUCUAUGGCUGUAGUUCAAGCCAAUAUGUUGCUUGAAGAUCAAAGUCAAAUCGAGUCUGGUUCUUUGAGUUCUCAUGAUUCCGGACCCUAUGGAACGUUUGUUGGUGUUUAUGAUGGUCAUGGCGGGCCCGAGACCUCGCGUUAUGUUAAUGAUCAUCUUUUUCGUAAUCUCAAAAGGUUUACGUCGGAACAACAGUUGAUGUCAGGGGAGGUGUUAAGAAAAGCUUUUCAAGCAACAGAAGAGGGGUUUUUAUCGAUUGUUGCUAAACAGUGGUCUGUGAAACCACAAUUGGCAGCUGUUGGAACUUGUUGCUUGGUUGGUGUUGUUUGCAGCGGGAAUGUUUACAUAGCUAAUGUUGGUGAUUCACGAGCCGUCUUGGGAAGAGGUGUGAAGGCAACCGGGGAGGUUAUUGCGAUCCAGUUAUCGGUGGAACAUAAUGCCAGUAUAGAGUCAAUUAGGCAGGAGCUUCACACUAUGCAUCCUGAUGAUCCUCAGAUUGUAGUUUUAAAGCAUAAUGUAUGGCGUGUGAAGGGACUCAUACAGAUAUCCAGAUCUAUAGGUGAUGUAUACCUGAAGAAGGCGGAGUUUAACAGGGAGCCAUUGUAUGCCAAGUUUCGGCUUCGUGAUCCUAUUCGACGGCCAAUAUUGAGUUCAGAUCCAUCCAUAUCUGUGCAUGAAAUCCAACCACAUGACCAGUUUCUCAUAUUUGCAUCUGAUGGUCUGUGGGAGCACCUUAGCAAUCAGGAAGCAGUUGAUAUAGUCCAAAAUAACCCUCGCAAUGGAAGUGCUAAAAGGCUGGUGAAAGCCGCCUUACAAGAGGCGGCAAAGAAGCGGGAGAUGAGGUACUCGGAUUUAAAGAAAAUUGAGAGAGGUGUAAGACGGCAUUUCCACGAUGACAUCACUGUUGUAGUUCUGUUUUUGGAUUCAAAUCUUGUCAGCAAAGCAAGCUUGAAGGGUCCCACAGCGUCUGUGAGAGGUGGUGGUGUCAAUCUCUCGGCCAAAACUCUUGCACCGCUAGCAACCACUGCUUCCUGAUAUAUUUUUUUUCCGGUGAUAUCAAUUGCCUAUCAUCUGCUGGUUAGAGUGAAUGGUUAACUCCUCCACGCCCAGUGGGUUUAAAAGGUAGCCAAAAAGAUAGGGUACAUGGGAUUUUGGACACACAGCUUAUUUUGAAACUAAUCCUUUUAUUCAGAUUCAGAUUCAGAUUCGUUUGUAUUUCGUUAUUUCCGUGUAAGUAAGAAUAACAAAUAGGAUAAUUGAUGUUCUUUACGACUUUAAAACCGAAUCAAAUAUCUCCAUUGUGAACAAA